AUGGCUCAGGAACGUGCUGCCCCCAUUCGUCUCGGCUCUACUGCCCCCAACUUCGACGCUGACACCUCCAACGGUCCCAUCUCCUUCCAUGACUACAUUGGCAACAGCUGGGCCAUUCUUUUCUCUCACCCCGAUGACUUCACCCCCAUCUGCACCACUGAGUUGGGCGCUUUUGCCAAGCUCGAGCCCGAGUUCACUGCUCGUGGAGUCAAGCUGAUCGGUCUGAGCGCCAACGGCACCGACUCCCACAAGCUCUGGAUCAAGGAUAUCGAUGAGGUUACCGGCUCCAAGCUCACCUUCCCCAUCAUUGCCGACCCCGAGCGCAAGGUCGCCUAUGCCUAUGACAUGGUUGACUACCAGGACACCACCAACGUUGACUCCAAGGGUCUCGCUCUGACCAUCCGCUCUGUCUUCAUCAUCGACCCCAACAAGAAGAUCCGUCUCAUCAUGUCCUACCCUGCCUCUACCGGCCGUAACACCGCUGAGGUUCUCCGUGUUGUCGAUGCUCUUCAGACCACUGACAAGCACGGCGUCACCACCCCCAUCAACUGGCUCCCCGGUGAUGAUGUUGUCAUCCCCCCUCCUGUCUCCACCGAGGAUGCUCAGAAGAAGUUCGGUGAAAUCCGCGCGGUCAAGCCUUACCUGCGUUUCACCAACCUCAACAACAAGAAGGAGUAA